UCAACAAGAUUUUCUAAGCAAACACCUUAUCAUCCACUCUCUCUCUCUCUCUAAGAGAAGUCAAGUCACUGAGCAACGUUCUCUGAGAAGAAAAAAAUGGGUUUUGAGAAGAAAGAUCUGGAUGUGGUGCUGGUUCCGUGUGGCUUGCUCAUCAUGUUCGUGUACCAUUUUCAUCUCCUCUACAGAUACCUCCAUCAGCCUCACACCACUGUCAUGGGGUUUGAGAACUUCAACAAGCGCUUCUGGGUUCAGGCCAUCAUGCAGGGUGACAAGAGGGACAUUGGCGCGUGCCUCGGGGUGAUCUCCUCCAACAUAUCAGCGGCGACGUUCCUGGCCUCCAUCUUACUCACCCUCUGCUCCAUGAUCGGCGCCUGGAUCAGCAACACCAACAACUUCAAGAGCGACCUCAUCUACGGUGACACCCGGCCCUCCACCCUCUCCAUCAAGUACAUCAGCCUCCUCAUCUGCUUCCUCCUUGCCUUCGCAUGCUUCAUCCAGUCAGCCCGGCACUUCGUCCACGCCAAUUACCUCAUCAGCACGCCGAGCCCAGGAGUCCCUCCAAAGAGCGUCGAGGUGGCCGUUAUCCGAGGCGGCGAUUUCUGGUCCAUUGGGCUCAGGGCACUGUACUUUGCUCUGAACUUGCUUCUCUGGUUCUUCGGACCAAUACCCAUGUUUGUUUGCUCCAUUUUCAUGGUCUUGUUCUUGCACUACCUCGACUCAAACACGAUGCCAUUGAUUGAGCACGAGUUUGAUGGGAAGCAAGUAGUGAAGAAGGUGGAGCAAAGGGUUUCUGAGAUGGCAAUGGCCAUUCACAUGCCUUCGCAUCAGAAUUGACCAGGCCUGAUUCGUUCGCGUACAUCUAGGAAUAGAAGAACAAGGUUGGAUUUUUUUGACGAAGAUAGGCAAUUAUAAAUUGCAUUAAUAGUAAUACAAUAGAGAGUAUAAGUGUGGAAAGGUACUUUAUUGUUUAUAGUAUCAGCUGUUAUUUUCUCAAUCGGCCAUUAUCUCGAGAAGUUUAUGGCGGAAUGUCCUCAAUAUUGGUAGAAUUACUAAAAACUCUCGACAGUUGCUGCUACAAUCUCUAUAGAAACCGUUCGUAGA